GGACACGUAGGCGCGGGCCGAGGGCGUCAUCGGCAGCGGCCGCUCCGCUGGGCUCUGCUUGUUGGCUCGAGAGGAGAGGAAGGGGGGUCGGAGGCGCGCGUGCUCGCUCCUCUCAGGGUCAGUCCUCCCGGAACAGUGGGCGCGAGGACCGCGGCGAAGGCACGCUCUGAGGGGGCGGGGAGGGGGGAGAGCGGGCGCCUCCGGCUGUGAAACGCGCGUGCGCGCGCGCGCCUCCUCGGGCCGCCAGGAAGGAGCCCUCUCUUCGCCGGGGACCAAGCCGGGACAAGGCAGGAGACGAGGGAGGGAGGAGGAGGAGGAGUGGGAGACGGACGCGGCCAAUUGGGAGGUGGGAGCGAGGGGGUCUGCCACCAAUCGGCUGAGGCGGAGGACAGAACCCUGCCAGCCGGGGGGAGUGCUUGCGGGAGCCUCCCCGCCAAUCCGAGGAGCGGCAGCCGCGGCCGGAGCCGGAGCAGCGCGCCAAUCGCGGGCCAGCCAGCACCAGAGAGCGCGGAGUCGGGGAUGUCCUACAAGCCCAUCGCGCCUGCCCCCACCAGCUCCGGAGCCGCCGGCACCAGCAGCAGCAGCAGCAGCGCCAGCCCCGCCCCCGGAGCCCCGCCGGUCGGUAAGAGACACCCCCCCUCUCCCCGCCGGCCCCGUCUGCCGGCUCCGCCUGGCCCCCGGGCAGAGCGAGGGCGCGGAGGCGGCACGGCGGAGUCGCCUGGGCCGUGGCCGGCGCUUCCGAGUCUCCUCCUCCUCCUCCUCGUCUUCUCUCUGUGUCUCUUCCUCUCCCCAACCCCGGCAGGGUUUUCCCGGCCUUUUACAGCUGCUUUGCAAUACAGGACUCCGGUCUCCUCGCCGCCAAAGGAGAGAUGUGCAUCCUGGAAUUAGGAUUUACUGUGUACUUGAUUUAUAAAAAGGGGAAAAAAAGGGACACCCUAACUCAUUCCAGACCGUGCGAAUGUGCUUUACUCGUCACUGCGUUCUUCCUAUGUAGGAAGCGCAGCAGCUGUUCGGGGAAUCCUGCCGGGGAAAACAAAACGAAAGUUGAAUUCUUAGGAAAGGCGUGUGUGAGGCGGAAAGGCGUGUUUAGAGUGAAUCAGCAAACCCCCUUCUCUACCCAGAAAUAUGCCCCGCUGUGUUCAUGGCUGUUGUCGCCUGAGUGUCGGGUGAAUGACUUCUCCUUGGAUAAGCAAGGAGGGGUGAAACUAGAGAGAGUAGCGGCGCGGCAGGUUCCUCUGUCUUUCUGUAACUUCGGUUUCCUUCUUGGGUGGAGCAUCCUCUAGCAAGGGUGGGGAAACGCCAGGUUUCCCGGAUCUUCUUCAGUCUUUACCAAAACUCCCAAGACUCACCAUCUAACAGUACUGUUAGAAUUAAGGAGCAGGAUGCUUCAGAGCUUAUGGGCAGACCUAGGAUUUGUUUUCAGUAUCAGAAUUGUCCUACAAAACCCACUCCUUGUUUUCCCUCCCCCUUAGCUUUCUUAAUCUCCACAGCCUCAUUCAGAAGAAUUUUUAAAAUCACAUUUUUUUUGCUUCUGUUAAACCUGUGGAUUCUGGGCUAUCUUCUGCCUACCCCAGCCUUUUAGCAUGUGGCAAUCCACUAGGAAAAAAAUAUUGAUAGGGAUAGUAAUUCCUGAAAGUGUUUGGAUCCUAGUAUCGGGGCUUAGAUUUAGUUUCAAUUUUUUUACAUUUUGUGAUUUGAAAGAUACUGAAUUUCACUCAGAGCCUGCCUGCCUGCCACAGUUGGGUAAUGGGAAGGAUUUAUUCCCAGGAACAUUGGCUUUUAAGCCGCCUCUUUUAUGUAUCUUGGCUUGCUUCCAGGAGAUCUCUGAAGCUACUUGCUAUGCCAGCACCUUUCUCCAGUACACAUUCCCGUUUUUGGCACACUUCUAUCUGAAAUCUGUAGGUCAAGAGACUAGGGUGGGUGGGUGUGAUUCCAUUUAUCAGAAGCCUGGGAUCUAGCUCCCUUGACCUGCUGAAUGUGUAGCAAUUUAAAGCACUUUUGCGCGCGCACACACACACACACGUUACAUUUGUGGUUGCUGCUGCUUUUGGCUAAAACCUUGAGAGUAAGGUAAGAAAGGCCAGCACCUGCUCUUGGUGUGAAGCCAUUGGCUGUACAUCAUUGAAGAGUUAAUAGAAUACCACCUUUAUUAACAGUUUAAAGAAAACUGGCUAUAUAUUAUUUUUGUAUUAGCUUUUGAAAACUAUUGUGAAGGAGCACUUACCUUAACAGAGUUCUACAGGAAGCAUCUGCAAUGUUGUGUGUGGUUUUGGUGGCUUUGCUUGUGACAGCUGUAAGUGCAUCUGUUGCACAAACAAAAGCACACAACUAAAUGGGGCAGAAAAUGUAGGCUCAACUUUACAGUAACAAAUAGGGUUAGCUAAUAAUCUCUAUAAUGGCCCAGUCUCUGAUUCAAUGAAGUAAUCCUCUUAAUAAAGUAGCUGCUGUUCUUCUCUUUCUGGAACUCUCAAAUCAAAAUAAUUAACUUGCUUUCAAUCUCCUUUCCCCCGACAAAUUGACUCCAGAUGCUUCACAAACUACAUACUUAAACUCUUAUUACUGGCACAACAGCUCCCACUCUGCUUGUAAAGAAUCUGAAAACGGGAAUUUUCUCAAUUAAGGGCUCAAUGUUUUCAGACUUUCUAUUUUUAGAAACUCUAUCAGAGUUUAAUAGUUUCAGUGGUUUUUAGUCUGAUUAAUAGCAUGUGCACACGCCCUUCAUGCAUGCAUAAUAUAUUUAUUUAUUAACAGUAUUUAUUUGCUGAUUUAUAACAUCAAUUGUACAAGUGAUGGAUUGCUGCUAUUGGCUGAUGCUCGCAUGGGUGGGGUGAGAAAUGCACAAUGAGGGGGGCAGCAAGGAAUGGUGGUGGAAUUCAAACUAAUGGAGGAUAGUGACAUAUUCUUACCAACCUGUGGAGGUGGCUUCUCUUUUAGCUCCCUUAAGAGAACAACUGUUGCCUUUAUACGUUGGGCUGCAGGAAGCUAAGGCAAAACCACAAGCUUCUGUGGUCAGCACUGAAAAAGCCUGGGGAAAGUGCUGAGCGUUCAUUUGAUCAGUACAUUUUAAUUGUUCAAGCUGUUCUGUCUUUAAAAAGUCUUGUUGACAUUUUCAAGGAAAAAUAAAUAAAGCAAGAUCACACCUAGAUGCAAUUCUAUAUUAGAAUCUAAAGUGAGAGACAAGUUGUUGUGAGGGCAGGGGAUUGCUUUUAGUUCAGGCCUAACAAAGAAAGCUCGGUUAUUAAAACACAGGUGUGCAUGAGCAACAUUUCCAGACUGGCAAAAAUGGAUAGGAGUAAACUAGACAUUCUUUAACUGCAUUCAGAUCUAACACCCCAGAUAUGGUAUACGUAGUUCUCUAAUACCAUAUGUGUGCCAAUGAAUUGACUGGCUAUAUUUUUUUUUUACAACUUUCAUUGCAUUCAUGGUUACUAAUAUGAUUUCCCCUCUUUCUGUGUGAAGGGAAAGGCCAUACACUUUAUUCUGAGGUAGCAGUACAGCAUUUUAAAAACAAACAAAAAACACACCAUAUACCGUAUUUUUUGCUCCAUAACACUCACUUUUUUCCUCCUAGAAAGUAAGGGGAAAUGUCUGUGCGUGUUAUGGAGCGAAUGCCUACGGAUGGCGGGGGGAUCUGCAGUCGUGAGCAGAGGAUCCAUGGUUCCCCUUCCUUCCCUCCUCCGUGGCUCGCUUUGAAACAGCAAAGCGGAAGAAGAGCCGCUGAGUGGGGAGGAGAGAGGGACAGAGAGCCUGCUUGCUUUAAAGGAGCAAAGCGGGAGAGGAGAGGAGCCUUCUCCUCUUAUACCCCUCUUCUGCAUUAUUAGCAGCAUCCUUCUCCACCCACCCCACACGUGCUCCUUGUCCCUUGAGUGCUUUUCCUUCCCUUCCCCCUUAAAACGUGGUUACAAAGCACGGAUCUACAUGGAUCCUCAGGAUUUUUGCACUGGGUCACCCAAAUUCACCAUCAGAUCACAUAGCAUGUUCAUGGCUACAGCUUGCACCAAAAAAAUCAUGCACCCACUAUUGCUUGGGGCCACAGUGGUGCAAAAACGUGGUUACAAAGCAUGGAUCCACAUGGAUCCUCAGGAUUUUUGCAUUGGGCUACCCCAAACUCACCGUCAGAUCACAUCUGUGGCCACAGCAUGAUCCAAAAAAAUCAUACAUCCACUGUUUCGUUUAGAAUAUUUUUUUUCUUGGUUUCCUCCUCUAAAAACUAUGCGCGUGUUAUGGUCGGGUGCGUGUUAUAGAGCGAAAAAUAUGGUAUUUCAGGUAAUCCCAAUUCCCCAUCACAGGCCUAAACAGUCUCUUUUGUUCAGACAUAGGCAACCUCGGCCCUCCAGAGGUUUUGGAACUACAACUCCCAACAUCCCUAGCUAACAGUUCCAGUGGUCAGGGAUGAUGGGAGUUGUAGUCCCAAAACAUCUGGAGGGCUGAGUUUGCCUAUGCCUGCUCUUGUUAGUGGAAGGAGAAUGAAUGAAUGAAUGAAGUGUUUGUUGAUGGUGUACAUGAAAACUUGAUGUCCUGUCAACCUUUGUAGGAAAAUACUAGCCAGGAAUAUUUUUAUAGUCACCAUCAUCAUGUUAUAUAAUUUCCAGUUGGCCACUCUUGCAAAUAAAUCCCCCAAAGUUGCUACCUGCAUUUUUGUGCAUGCUUGUGUAAUCACUUGUGAUAUAUAGCUAUCUGGGAAAGAAAGCAUGUGUACAUUUUUUAAACUUCAUGGGAAGAUGGUUGUGAAUUAGUUUGUCCUGUUUUGCAAUUGAAGUGGGUGAUACAAACCCUGCAUUUUAAUGGUUAAGAGCCUGUGAUGUGUGUCUAGGACUGGCAGUGUAUUAAUCCCUGAUUUAGGAACCACACCCAGUCCCCUUUGCCCUACUGUAGACUUCCAGGACAAGUUACAACAAAAAUAACUCCUCUUCUUUUUCCAGCUGUGCAAUUUGUGCCAACCAUAUUGCAUAAGUGUUCAGGGAGAAGCUAGGAUGGUCAUUUGAGGAUCAGGAGCAGCAGCUUUCAGUCCAUGGAGUGUUUGAAAGGCAUAUAAGUCAGGCACUGCCCAGCAAAGCCCCUUGACUGGCAGUGGCCAUGCCCACACUGGAAAGGCAGGGAAGGACACAGUAUCUUCUUAGAGCAUGGUGCUGAUAAUGCCAAGAUGGCAGGUUCAAUCCCUGUAUGGGACAGCUGCAUGUUCCUGGGCAGGAUAAUCCUCGGGGUCCCUUCUAACUCUGUGAUUCUAUGAUUCUAUACCCCUCUUACAGUGGUAUCUUGCUUCUCAGGCUUAAUCCGUUCCACAAGUCUGUUCCAAAACUAAGGUGCUCCAAAACCGAGGCGCGCUUCCCAUAGAAAGUAAUGCAAAAUGAAUUAAUCCAUUCCAGACAAUUAAAAACAACUCCUAAAAUAGCAAUUUAACGUGAAUUUUACUAUCUAACAAGAUCAUUGAUCCAUAAAAUGAAAGCAAUAGACCAGGCUGCAGUCUACUACCCAGUAUAAAAAACUGGCAGUGAUCUACCCAUUGCCAUUGGAGGGACGAGCGUGUGGGGUGCAUGAAGGAGAAGUUCAAGGGGUGGGGAGGAAAGGGAGGCAAAAGUUCUCUCUCUGAGGAGCCAGUCGGCUUAUCUCCCCCUGCCACCCUUUCUGGAUCCUUCCCCCCCCCACACACACCCAGCACCCCUUCCUCACCUUCUUCAGGGCUGGCACAAGCAGCCCCCGCCACUUGGGUGCGUUCUCCUCACUGAAGAACUCUUACUGCAGCGGUGGCACCAGCAUCCUGCCCAUGCCGUCCCGUGCCCUGUGAGGGGAUGCUGCAGUAGUCACUUCUGGGGCCGAGCUGCUUGGCGUUGCUCUGGGGCCUGGAGCGGCGGCCAUGGGCGACACCCGGUACUGGAGGAAGGGGUGGUUGCUGCGGCGGCACGGCCUUCCCUCGCUCAGCAUUGGCCGUGGCUGCUUCCGGGUGUUGCCAGUGGCCAGCGCGGCCUGCGCUGAGUAAGAGAAGCCCAGGUCGGGUUGCAAGUGAGCAGGCAACAGAAGUAUGGCACUCAAAAUGGAAGUGCAGCCCCCCCCCCCGAACGGAGUACAUUCGGGUUCCAAAAAAAUUUCGGGUUUGAAGCAUUCUGGUUCCCAGUAGUUCGUGAACUAAGCUGUUCGAAAACCAAGGUACCACUGUAAUGAGCCUUGUUAAGUCUGGUAUAGGAGAGAACCCAGGACACUGUUGACUAAAUUCCCCAUCUCUUCUCAUAUUGCUUUCAGCCACGAGUGUCCCAUCUCCAUCUGGAGCCAUCUCUGGAGCUUCUGCCCCCUUCCGACCUCUCUUCAACGAUUUUGGGCCCCCUUCGAUGGGCUACGUGCAGGUGAGUUUCUACUUUGGAAUUGAGGGGGGAUCUUGCUGGCUGGUGGAACUAAUUGGGAAAACAUGGUGCAAUGACAAGCAUUCAAUCUGUGCAAGCAUUGCAGCCUGUCGGACAUAACAGCCCCUCUUUUACUCCUACUGUGUGCCGUUCUGGGUGUUCACCCCACCAGUCAAUUUAGGGAGGCGUGGGGAGAGGAGAUGGGAGGAAAGGCCUGCUGCACAAGCGGAAGCCCUUCUUCAGGCCUAUCCACUGACGGGGCUCGUUGGGGGAAUCCUGCCCAGAGUGCCUUUCACUUUUUCCCUGUCCUUGAUCUUACAGGCUAUGAAGCCACCAGGUGCCCAAGGCUCCCAGAGCACAUACACAGACUUGCUUUCAGUCAUUGAGGAGAUGGGCAAGGAGAUUCGACCUACCUACGCAGGCAGCAAGAGUGCUAUGGAGAGGCUGAAGCGAGGUAGGAAGCUUCCUGAGAGAUGAGUGCCUUCUGGUCAUGGGAUGUGGGAGCACAUGAAAUAAGUCAUUCUCGCCCUGCAAGGUCUACGUAAGCCUGGAACUGAGCGAAUUUAUGAAGUCCCAAAUGUAACCUAACCUUCCAAAAUGCUCUAGAAACAAUGACUCACAAAUCAGACAUGACACUUGUCCUUUUUUCUGGGCGGGGGGGCGGGGGUAGAAUUACUUGUUUGUUAAAUUUGUAGCCUGGCUUUCCUCCAAAUGCUUCUCAAGGCAGCUAACACCCAUAAAACAUAAUACUCCAGUAAGAAGGCAAUAAAAACAUUAAAAACUGGUAAGCAAAACAAUAAAAAUAGCCAGUUAAAACCAAUUACAGUUUAUUUACACAUCAGCUUCUUGACCAAAGAUCUAUCUAUAUAAAAAGAAUGUUGCCUGCUGGCAGGUCAAUGAGAGGCAGUCCCUCUCAGAGCCUGGGAGCAGCCAUCAAGAAGGCCCUGUUGUGAUUUCUUAAAUGUUACUUGCUGUUGUUCAUAGCUAUAGAUUUUGUGAAUGACUGGUUUAGCAAUAUCAUCCAAUUAACCCUUCAUAUCAAAUUCUUUACCCUUGGAAAGUUAGUUUCAAGCUCUCUGCUUGCCCAGCAGAAAUUGAGGGGGAAGUGUCUCCCUUGCCUUAAAGACAACUCCCAAUGUAAUGGGUCAACUCUGCAAUUUUGAAUGCAGGUAGCUGCAUUAUACUGGGAACAGGUAGAACCUGCUGGAUUAGCAUUUCUGUACCCUUGCUUACAGUAAGGUGUUGACCUACUUUUGCAAGUGGGUUGUCUAGCUGUCCUUUGUACCUUGCUCUGCCUUCCUGCUUGUACCUUUCCUUCUUUUAUACAAGCACAUUUGUAUAAAAGGCUGCACGAUACACUUUUUCUACAUGAAUUAAACUUCAGCAUGCAUGUGAUGACAUACACAAAAGCCUGGCAUGGGCAAGAUAUGCUGCAGUUGUCAAUUUUGGCAAACAAGGGACUGAUGAGUUGGUGCAAUGAAACUGAUUGCUCAGUGUGUCUUAAGUCUUGUGCCUUUCCUUCGCAGGAAUUAUUCAUGCCCGGGCGCUGGUUAGAGAGUGUCUGGCAGAGACAGAGCGCAAUGCCCGAACGUAACAGUCGCUUCCUCCUGGCGCUGCCCCUGGAGGACCCUGGCACUUUCUGGCCAAUCAACAUUUUGGAAUCUGGAGAUUUCCCCCCACCCUCACCCCUUCAAAUCUUUCCACCAAUCAGUGUCUCAAGUCCUAGAACUGUGAUCACCUUCAAAGACCUUUACACCAAUUGGCGCCUAAUAAUCUGAAGCUUCUACUGCAUCACAGAACUUCCCACCAAUUGGCACUCUGGGAGUAGAUGCAGAAAAGAGGUUGUUGCUUACACCUUCUGGUCAACUGAUGAGAAUAAUGGCUGGUAGCAAGUCUAUGUCUUUAUAAAUGCAAGGUUUUUUAAAAUAAAUAAAUAAAAGGAAAAGGUUGGAAUUUGGAUUACCUAUUCUUCGCUGUGGUUUUCUAUUUUUGCCCCCCAUGUGGUGGUGAAGGAAGUAGUCUCUUCCUCACUAAGACAUUACCGAGGGCCCAUAGUGGAAGAUGUGCUUUUUUAGUAAAGCAGCACAAGGCCUUCCCUACCACUUGUAAAAGAAGCCUCAGCCAGCAGUCACUGAGCCUGUAUUGGGAAACUUGUAAUAAAAUAUUUCUACUCCUAUCUAAUCUGUCUGUGCUGUUAUUACUGUGUCAAAGCUCCAAUCUCUCAUGCUGUUCUGUAAAGUUGUCCCAAAUUCCUCCUCCUCCAUUUUUGUUGGUUUUUGAGGGUAUUGUUGUUAAGUUUCCGGUUGCUUCUGCUUUUAACCAAGGAAAACCAAGCCAGGUUCUUUAGAAGAGGCCUAACUUGAUGCCUGUUUUCGCACUCGGUACCUUCAUUGCAGAAGUGAUUAUCUCCAAACCAGAAAUGAAACUAGCCUUAGUGUCUCAGUACAAAAUUGGUUUUUGUUUCAUAUGACUCUUACUCAGGAUUAUACUGGCCUCCUGUUUCAUUCCCAAGGUUGUUACUGGGACAAGGCUGGAUGCUAUGAGCAUAGCUAGGUUCUAUGAAUGGAGCAUGGGUCUCCAAAGCAAGGUGUGUCCGAGAUUUGCAUGUAAGAAGUGGCUAAGAGUGGCUUGCUCAUGCCUGCUAGCUGUAGAAAAAGAAGGUUGGCAUGAGGAUUGAGCAAGAAUCUAUGAGUAAGUAAGCACUCUCUUUCUAUCUGGAUUCUCUUUCACAAAUGGCCUGCCUUCACGUUAAAGCUGGGAGGUAAACUUUGGUUGUGUGUUUGCUGGCGUAAAGUGUCCUUCAGCCCUUAAGGCUACUACGGACUGGUAAUUCACGAUGUGCCCAAAGGUGAGAUGAGAAGGUGCGUUGUUCUUGAGGAAUACCUAGUCUGGGCCACCUUAGAAAAAGGCAGAGGGUGGCAAAUAUUCCAAACCCGUUUGGCCUAAAAUGCCCCUUUUGUUUUCUAGAGACUUUUGGCCACUUGAAAAAUGCAGAACAGGGUUGCACAUUUGGUCCAAGAAUACUUGCUAAGUCUUAAAAGCUUUUAUUAGAACUGAAGGGGGAUUAAGAGAUUUUUAUACUGCUUCUUGUAAUAGUCUUGAGGUGGUGUAAACAAUUUAAAAUGCAAUACAAUGCAGUAAAAUAAAUGCAGCUGAAAGCAAUUAAAUCAGAUGCUGGAGCUAAGCAACAGCAAAGGUUAGGAAACACGUUUUAAGCAGGUGCAGAAAUAACAUUUUUUCUUUUUAAUGCUUUUUUUAAAUAAAAAAGUUGAAUUAUGAACACAGUUUGGUUGGUAUAAUCCUACUUUGCAAGUAAGCUCUGUUCAGAUAACUAAGGCUUACCUGUAAGUAGAGGUGUGUAAAAAUGGGUCUAAGGAGUCAUCCGAGUAGUUUUGGCUUUUGUGUUUGAUAAAUUGUCUGACUGUGCAGUAGUAUAAACAAUAUUAAAUGCUACCCUUUGAGACUCGCCUUAAGAAUGCCCAUUUGUACUUUGCCUGCCUUUAAUGAGAAGAUGCAUCCUAGGCAUAGUAGGUGAAACAAAAUCUCUAUUUUGAAAGCUUUUUAAAGAUAGCCCUUUUUUUGUGCAGUAGGUUCGCGUUCUGGGGGGUUCUCCUGACCCUCUGGAGCAGAUGUGGGGAAGGAGAGCCCCGUUGUGCUGGUGGGAUCCCUUGCACUGGCUUCUCUCAGCACACCAGGUUAGUUGAAUCCAGGCCUCUGUGUGCAAGUAUCUGGGGUAGACCUGUCUCCUGUCGCUCAUAAUAUAGUA